UCAGCUCACCUCGUCCGAGAACCUUAGACCAGACCCAGAUCACACCAUGGCUUCCCGUUUCGGUUCUUUCGUUUUGAUUUCUUGUCUCGUCAUAGCUGCGUCGCAUGUUCAAGUUUCGAGCUCUGUUCACAUCGUGAAGGGGCUCUCGUGGUCCUACUACGAGAAGAGCUGCCCCAGUGUCGAGUCCGUCAUCAGGAAACAUCUCAAGAAGGUGUUCGAGGAGGACAUCGGCCAAGCUGCUGGGCUACUUCGUGUGCACUUCCACGACUGCUUUGUUAAGGGAUGCGAUGGUUCGGUGCUGCUGGUUGGAACAGCGAGCGAACCGAGCGAGCAGGAUGCUCCACCGAACCAGAGCUUGAGACGGACAGCAUUCAAGAUCAUCAAUGACCUCCGGGAGCUUGUGGACAAGAAGUGUGGUCGAGUAGUCUCUUGUGCCGACAUCGCCGCCAUUGCCGCUCGUGAUUCUGUUUUCCUGUCGGGUGGACCCGAGUAUGACGUGCCGUUGGGAAGGCGGGAUUCACUCACGUUUGCAAGUGAAAGUGUGGUCUUGGAGAAUUUACCUGCACCAACUGAGAAUGCCAGCGAAAUUGUCGCGGCCCUGGCCAAGAAACACUUCGAUGCCACUGACGUAGUGGCCCUCUCCGGAGGCCACACCAUUGGGCUUGCACACUGCACCGCCUUUGAGAACCGGCUCUACCCGACUCAAGACCCCACCAUGGAGAAGACCUUUGCCCAUGAUCUCAAGGGUGUGUGCCCCACCACAAACUCCACCAACACCACGGUCUUGGACAUCCGAUCGCCCAACCGAUUCGACAACAAGUACUUUGUCAAUUUGGUGAACCGCCAAGGCCUGUUCACCUCGGACCAAGAUUUGUACGGGUACCCCACGACGAGGGACAUCGUUACUAGCUUUGCUGAGGACCAGGAAUUGUUCUUUGAGAAGUUCGUCCUCGCUAUGACGAAGAUGGGGCAACUCAGCGUGUUGACGGGGACGAAAGGAGAAAUCCGAGCCAACUGCUCGGUCAAGAAUUCUGAGAACCCAGAUCUCGUGUCCGUGGUGGAAGAGGACCUGGAGAGCUAUGCCGAAUUGAAAUGAUGUGACCCUUUCAAGUGUGUGUAUCAGCACGAGCUUUGUCUUUGCUCGGAUCUGCAACUUUUGCUUGCUUGUUUAUAGACUGUGACAGUGCCUAAUAAAUUGCAUCAGCUGUUUAUGAUUAUGUCAAGAAUAUGUAUUCAGCAGAAGCUCAAAAUUUCUGUCAUUUGGCAAAA